UGUAGCCUGACUGUACAGUUCAGUGGUACAGGUACAUGUGGCAGACGCAGGUGUGGAGAGGUUAAUGAAAGUACAAAUGACUGGUUGUGAUGGAACCAAAUGGAUAAUGAGCACGACAAAGUUCAUAUGAAUUAACUAGUAAAAGUUGAUCCAGCAUGCGGAGGAACAAACAGAUCAACGUGUCCCGUGCUCUGGCUCUGGCUGGUGCCUUCAACUUCCUCAUCUCAGCUGCCAAAGCAUGUCUUCUUCCUUUUUUCACACUCUACCUCCGCCACCUUGGCCUCACCCCCACAGAAACCGGUUUUGUGAUGGGCACCAAGCAUGCCAUAACACUAGCAUGGAGCCCCAUUGCUGGUCUGCUCUCCAAGCACUACAACAAGAGGAGAGUUUUGGUCAACAGCUGUCUGGUGGUUUCUGCUACUGCUGCCAUUGUUAUUCCAGUUAUCCCACCUGCAGAUGUGCACAAAAUAAGAUGCAAUAAUAGCAUUUCACUGGUUAAUCCAACACAAAGCUCAACAGAUGGAAAACAAAUGUCAGCUAGUUUGACAAGUCUUGGAAAUUUCAAGAGUGCCAGUUCCAGCAAUGUAUCUAUGGAAGUACCUAUCGCACUUAAGGAAGCAAAAAAUAACACAUCUGUUCCAAAAAUAGAAGCAAUAAAGAAAAGGAAAUCUAACGUCAGACUAGAAGGCAAUGUUGAUAAACAAUCCAAAUUAACAGGCAAUACAGACAACAAUUCUGACAGCUUAAAAGAAAUGGACAAUCAUCACCAAUUAUUUUUCCUCAUUCUCAUAGCUGUUUCUGUAUUAACGGCUGCGCUUGCUCCAUUAGAGUGGACUGCAGAUGACGGGCUUUUUGAAUACCUGGAUUUCGCAGAUGCUGCUGAUCGCUACAGUAAUUCCAAGACAUGGAGUUUAAUUGGGGGAGCAUUUGGGGUUUGUGGAUCUGGAGUUUUUGUAAGUCAGUUAAGCUGUCUCCUAGCUGCUGAGACUCCAAGGAGCGUGGUGCAUUUUGUUUGUUUUUCUAUCAUCACUCUUGGGACUGUGCCCAUUGCAAGUUUUCUACCUUUCUAUCUCAACAAGAAGAGAACCAAGCCUGAUGGUUUGGUCAAAGGACUGCAGUUGGUACGUGGAUCUGUCCGUGCUGUGCUGUGCGCCACUACAAUUUUGCUUGUUGGAAUAGUAAUUUCAACUGUGGAAAACUUCCUGCUUUGGGAAAUGCAGGACAAUGGAAGCAAUGAACUACACAUGGGGUUGUCGUUGGCACUUGGGCUCAUAUCCCAAGUUUCAUUCCCUUUAUUUGUAGUUAAAGUAUCAAAAAUUCUUAGCUCUGGGAGGGUGUUGGUCCUUGGUGCAACAAUUGUAUCAGUACAAUGUCUCUACUUUUCAUUCCUUUGGGGACCUUGGGCUGUCCUUCCUGCCCAAAUUCUGAAUACUCUGAGCUUUGGGGGUCUGUGGUGGGCUGUCCAGGUCCAGUGUGAUGACAUUGCCACACCAGGGACUGAGAGGAGCGUUGCUAGAGUUUACAGUGCUUUGUCUUUGGACCUGGGGCGAGCUUUGGGAAGUGUCAUAGGAGGAGCAGUGGUGCAAAAGUUUGGCAUUGCAUGGAUGUUCAGGGGAGCAGCACUCGGGCUGAUAAUGUGGUGUUUUGUUCUGGCUCUACUUCAGGUCAAAGCUCCUAGACAGAGAAGAAUAAACUAUUCUAGGUUGCUGGCAGCUGAUGCAAGUGAAGCAAGUGAGUCUGAAUCUGAACAGGAAAGAGACUGGUUAGAUAAAGCCAUAGAGGAUGAUCAAAGCAAUAAUAACAGUGGCAGAAGGAUAUACCACUGAAGCUAAAACUAAAACCAUUUGACCAAUAGAAUGCAGAAGACUGCCAUCAUCAGGCCUAAGUAACCCGAACAAGGGUUAAUAUUGUGUAAUUUAUUUUAUUUCAGUAGUUUUAUCCAUGCAUAUGUUAGAAAUAAUGCAUGCAUGGGCACACAAAGAAAAAUUACCUUAAUUGAAAACAAUAUAAAGUAAUAAAUAGCUCUAUCAUUUAUGUACACCUGCUCAGCCUGACAGUGUGUUGACUUUCAGCUCUCAUUACAGUUUUAUUUCUGCCUUAUUAGGCUGGUGAAGAGCCAAGUGCUCAGAUGGGCAGGCAGAUUAGAGAGUGUUUUUUUUUUUUUUUUUUUCAUAAACAGGCAUUAGCAUAAGUUAUUCUUUUCCAAUGCAAACAAGGUAACAGGAUAGGACAGGCUAUCCUAACUGGAAAUCCUGCAAACAACUGAAGUGUGCUCAAGGGGAUACCACACCCUUAAUCUCAUGUGUCGAAAAUGUGACCCAUAUCGAUAUAGCACAUGAAGAAGAAGAUGAAAUAAUGAACCUCUCCUCUACUUGCCAAGAUUCCUGUUGACCGUUGUUGCCUUAAGACUAUUUGUUUAUGUUUGUUGUAAAUGUAAGUUAAAAUGUGUGUGAUGCUGCUACCUGCUGGAAGAAGCUAUAACAGUAAUGAAUACUGCUGUCACAUGACUCCUUAUUUACUAUACUAUUCAAAACCAAAGUCCAGAUCUUUCAAAAUACAAGGGAAUAUU